AGGAGGCUCGUAGCUGCCAACCUCCUCCGCGUUUUCUCGGUUAUUCUGACGGCGCUUGUUCCACCUUUCUUCUGGGAGGGAUUCACGGUUUUGGGAACGCACCUCGCGUGGCUGUGUGUUUGCUCUGUGUGCGUUAGUACCCUUAGUAUAAUCUUGCACUUAGUCCUUAAACCAAAUCUGGCUCCUAAGAGAAGUUCGUUUGCUCACAAGAUAUCCAGAUUUCUAAAAUGCUGUAUAUACUUUUUCAUGUCUUGCAUACUAUUUCAUGCGAUUAUUGUUCUUUAUGGAGCACCUCUCAUAGAGUCGGUGACUGAGACGUUUUUGUUUGCAGUUCUGCUGUCUACCUUUACUACUUUACAAUGCUUGUGUGUGCUGGGACCAAACAUACAAGCAUGGAUACGGGUGUUUAGUAAAAAUGGAGCUAUGUCCAUCUGGGAAAGCAGUCUACAGAUUACUACCAUUUGCAGUAUACUUGGAGCUUGGUUUGGAGCAUUUCCUAUUCCUCUUGAUUGGGAUCGGCCUUGGCAGGUCUGGCCCAUUUCCUGUUCCCUGGGAGCUACCUUUGGCUAUACGGCUGGUCUGAUUAUUGCACCUCUGUGGAUACACUGGAACCGGAAGCAGCUUACAUACAAAAGCAGAUAACUGGAGCGAAGAGAGACAAGGUAUUUCUUUGUGCAGAUUCCAUACAGACUGUGCAAAAGUAGUUGUUUUUAUAAGGGAGAUAUAUAUAUAUAUAUAUGUAUAUGUAUAGUCAAAGCAGAAGACUAUCCAAAUUCAUUUAGAGUAUUUCAGGCCAAGCAUCUCCACUCAAUAAAAUCACAUAGAUGCCGUUUCAAUCAACUUGGUGCAGUUUUUGCUUCCUCUAGACUAUGUAACCCUGAGAGAUUGUACCUUCCAGUCUGAAUAAAAUAUUUGUAACAG